ACCUCCGUGGGCUUCCGCCUUCCGGUUCGGACUCUGGCCGGCCCCGCCGCCACCAUGGCUCCGCUGCGCUUCUCCGCUAACCUGUCCUGGCUGUUCCCCGAGCUGCCCGGCCUUCCCGCGCGGCUCCAGGCCGCCGCCCGCUCCGGCUUCGAGGCGGCCGAGGUGGCCUGGCCGUAUGCAGAGGCUCCCGAGGCGCUGGCGCGCGCGGCCAGGGACGCCGGGCUGCGGCUGGUUCUCAUCAACACGCCCCCGGGAGACCAAGCGAAGGGGGAGAUGGGGCUGGGGGCCGUUCCCGGAAGACAGGCGGCCUUCCGAGAGGGGCUGGAGCAGGCCGUGCUGUACGCCAAGGCCCUGGGCUGUCCUAGGGUUCACCUGAUGGCUGGCCGAGUACCGCAGGGGGCUGAUCGGGCAGCAGUCCGCGGGGAGAUGGAGACGGUGUUUCUGGAGAACCUGAGGCAUGCGGCUGGGGUUCUGGCCCAGGAGAACCUCGUGGGACUGCUGGAGCCCAUCAAUACCCGCGUCACGGACCCCCGAUACUUCCUGGACACGCCCCAGCAGGCGGCAGCCAUCUUGCAGAAAGUCGGAAGACCCAAUCUGCAGCUCCAAAUGGACGUGUUCCACUGGCAGAUCAUGGACGGGAACCUGACGGGAAACAUCCGCGAGUUCCUGCCCAUUGUGGGCCAUGUGCAGGUGGCCCAGGUCCCAGGUCGAGGGGAGCCCAGCAGCCCCGGAGAGCUCAACUUCCCCUACCUAUUCCAGCUGCUGGAAGACCAAGGCUACCAAGGCUUUGUGGGCUGCGAGUAUCGGCCCCAAGGUGAGGGGCAGGGAGGGGAUCUGGGCAUGCUCAGCCCUGGCGGGACAGUUUCCCUCUCCCUGGGUAGAAAUGCCACUCCCACUCCUUCCCGCAGGAGACACCGUGGAGGGUCUGAGUUGGCUCCGUUCCUACUGGGACAGGCGGGGCCGCCCACAGGCUGACCAGUGAGGCCCUGACACCACCCAGAUGCCUCUCAGGGCCAGGGACAGAGAAUCCUGAGUCUGAAUUAAAGACGCCUGCUGACCAUU